GUCUGGUCGCGCCCCUUCUGUUCUCCUCUUUCAACGGACCGCACGAGGGCGCUGCCUAGUUCUCGUCUCCAACGACGCCACCGCCAGUUCCAGGACAAUUCAGAUCAGGAUAAAUAACCAACCAAUCAGCCGCGUCGCGCGCCCUUCGGUUCCACCAAGAAGAGCAGCUGCGGCCGCGGCGGCAGGGCAAGAGGAGAGAGGAGAGGGAAGGGUAGGAAGGGAGCCAUGGGCAACGCGUCGUCGAUGCUGACCCAGUACGACAUCGAGGAGGUGCAGGAGCACUGCAACUAUCUCUGUAACGAGCCAUGGGCGAUACCUUCGAUCUCUCAAAAUUUGGUGUCCUCUUUUCAAUCGUUCGCUCGUUUGGUGAUUGGUGUUGGGUUCUUGAAACAGUCUCGCAGCAGGAGAUCGUGUCGCUGUACGAGCGGUUCUGCCAGCUCGACCGCAGCGCCAAGGGGUUCAUCUCCGAGGACGAGUUCCUCUCCAUCCCAGAGUUCUCCCUCAACCCACUCUCCAAGAGGCUGUUACGUAUGGUUGAUGGACUAAACUUCAAGGAUUUUGUUGCCAUUCUUUCUACUUUCAGUGUGAAGGCCAGUCUUCGGCAAAAGAUCGAGUUGAUAUUUAAGGUUUACGACAUUGAUGGCAAGGGGAAAGUAACCUUCAAGGACCUGCUAGAUGUUUUACGGGACCUAACAGGGUCAUUCAUGUCCGAGGAACAAAGAGAGCAAGUAAUAACUAAGGUAUUGGAAGAAGCAGGGUACACGAGGGAUUGCACACUAUCUGUAGAAGAUUUUAUCCAGAUUAUCGAUCAUCCUGGCCUGAAGAUGGAGGUGGAAGUACCAAUCGACUAGUGAAAACGCUGCAGAUUUUAUCAAAUGAGAAUGCAAGCUCUGGUUUUGCCUGCAGAACACGCUGUUGAUAAAUGAUAAUUGUUAGUAUAAUCCUGGUGUAGUUUAAUCUUUUUGCCGGUGGUACUGUAGCAACAAUAUGCCGGUUUUGUGCCCCGUACGUUCCACUGUAUCAACAGUAAGUUUGUUACUGUAGUAACAAUAAGACGUUUACUGCACCUACGGUAUGUCGGUUUGGAGCCUAUAUAAUGGGCUGCACCCCUAGUUGAGCUCAGGGAAGAGCUUCGGAUGCUCUGGAUGAGCUUCACCUGUUAGAAGCUGUUAGCAACUAUAAGUUUUUGCUGGCAGUCAGAAAACAUCAUGUGUCUAGUGUGUGCUUGUGUGUUUGUGAUUCCAACAAUAAUCAGUAGGACAUGUAACAAGACAAUGAGCAUUCACUUAUGUUUUCCUUUUUGUUACUA